CCGUAGUGCCUACUUCUUCUCGACCGAAGGUAGCUCCGAACUUUGUCUUCGCUGUUUUCCCCUCCUCUCCUCCAAUACAUCGCUCUCGCCGUCCGCAGGAGUUCAUCCCACAUUUCGUUUCUAUACCCAUUGGGCCGGUUUCCUUUAUUUCCUUUAUACCUGCCUUCUCUCUCUUCCUCCCCUUCCUGCCAGUCCCUUCACUUCCAAUUGUCUCGACUAAGGGACCUGACCUAAAAUACUUCCUUUAUAUAAGGUACCCAUUCAUAUUCAUGACAUGGUCGUGCGCCAGUCACCCUCAUGAUAACCUCAUAUCUCGCCUUUCCCACACCAACAUUUCGUCUUGCUCCAACUUCUGCCUGCAUAUGGCAACCGCAUUGACUGCCUCUGAGCUGCCUGACACGAACACGACCCGGCCCCUUCCUUUCCUCCUCCGCGCCUCGCUUUGAAUAUCAAGGAAUUGGGAAUCCUUUCAGCACCAGCAGCAAACAUGGCCUCCUUACCUUCCCAACACCCAACCCUCUCCAUCCACCUCUCCGACCGCAACUUGAACCCCAUCCUCACCUCGGCCCGGUCCGAAACACAGCUCGACGCCCUCACAUCUCUCACAAGCACCUCCCUAACCGCCCACGCCGCCGCCCAGCGCCUCGCCCUCGGCCACCCCCAGCGCCUCAUCGUCGAGCACGGUCCCGGCAACCCCGUCGUCCUCACCUCCUACCUCGACCCCGCCGCCCUGUCUCCGCCUUCCGGUCCUCUACACCCAUCGUCCCCCUCCCGUCCAUCAACACCACACCAUUCUACCGCCCCCGCCGUGGCCGUGGCCGUCGCCGUCCCUGCUCCGGACUCGAUCCCUAGCGGUAGUCCAGCAGCGGCAACCCCUCCCGUCGAAGAACUCGCGGCCACCUCGCUCUCAGGGCCAGAAGGAGGAAGCGACUCCCGAGCGAGCGGAACCACCAGCCCCAAGGCCCGCUCGCAGAAUACCCGCGAAACCUCUCCCCCCACCACCGCCACCGCCACCGCCACCGCGGCGACAGGCACCAAGAUACCGCCUAGCAAGAGAUCGGCACCGGAAUCGGACGACGAGGCCCGAAAUACAGCCACAAAGGCACCGAUACUCGUCGGGCUCGUAGUGGCCGGCACGGCCGAAGAGGCUCUCGAGGCACGGCGGGCUGCCAUCCGGCUCGAGCGCGUGGGGCGUGCCGUCCAACGUGAAUGGCUAGAAGAAGAGGAACAGAAAGGCGACUCCGACACGGACAAGAGCGCUGCAUCACAGCCCUUAUAGGGGCCCAAUUGCCAGCUCUGUUCAAGUUCUUCUCAUGAUACUUGAUCAUGGGACCGUAUCAGGACACAUGGCGAAGGACAGUUCAGGGUCCCUAUGCGUGGCCCUUACCGUUUAGGUGACCCCAAUCAUGAUUCUACGAGGACGAACGGAUAUGACUGCAUCAAAAUAGGAUAUGGAGGGUUGGUAUAAAAUGGAGUUAGUAUGCAUUUUAUGAGACCCCCACCCAAAAGAAAAAAGGAGUUCACGAUUUCUUUUGCUCUUAUUCAUCUGCCACGAUCUACAGCUUGUUCCGUCUAACAGGUAUUUGAUUUCGGCAUGCU